GCGGCCUCCAGGCUCCGGGCUCCGGCGAGGGCCGGGCGGCGGGACCCGCACAGCCGCGGGCGCAGGAGCGGCAGCCGGGGCGGGCGGGGUGGGCGCGGCCGAGGGGCGCCGGGGCGCGGCGGGCUGCGCGGCGCGGGGCAUGGGCGCGCCGGGGGCCCGGGGGCCCCGGGCGGGCGCGGCGGGACGGCCGGGGCGAGGGGACAGCGGCGGGUGGGGGUCCCCCCUGGCGGCCGCCGCGAAGCCCCCGCGGGGCCCGUGACGCCGCGGCCGAUGUGGCCCCGCACGCGCUGCGGGCCUGCACCGCCGCCUUUCAGCGACGACACCGCACCCGCCCGGCUCUCAGCCUUCCGGGGAGCCGGUCCCCCGGCAUGGAGAAGCGGGCGGUCGCGGGGCUGGAGGGGGCGCCGGGCGCCCGGGCGCAGCUCGCUGUCGUCUGCCUGGUGAACAUCGUCCUCACCGGGCGGCUGAGCAGCGCAGUUCCUGCCCUAGGUGAGGCCAGCAUUUCUCAGUCUCCUCUCCCGACAGCUGCUUGCAGCGGGAAGCUGGAGCAGCACACGGAACGGCGCGGGGUCAUCUACAGCCCAUCCUGGCCCCUCAACUAUCCGCCUGGCACCAACUGCAGCUGGUACAUCCAGGGCGACCGUGGGGAUAUGAUCACCAUCAGCUUCCACAACUUUGAUGUGGAGGAGUCUCACCAGUGCUCCCUGGACUGGCUCAUGCUGGGCCCCGCUGCCCCGCCCCGCCAGGAAGCCCUCAGGCUCUGCGGCUCUGCCAUCCCAGCCGCCUUCAUCUCUGCCAGGGACCACGUCUGGAUCUUCUUCCACUCUGACGCCUCCAGCUCUGGCCAGGCCCAGGGCUUCCGUCUCUCCUAUAUCCGAGGGAAGCUGGGCCAGGUGUCCUGCCAGGCGGAUGAGUUCCGCUGUGACAAUGGUAAAUGCCUGCCGGGAUCCUGGCAGUGCAACACCGUGGACGAGUGUGGCGAUGGUUCUGAUGAGGGCAACUGCUCGGCGCCCGUGUCGGAGCCUCCCCACAGCCUGUGCCCAGGGGGCACCUUCCCCUGCAGUGGGGCGCGGUCCACCCGCUGCCUGCCGGCCGAGCGGCGCUGUGAUGGUUCACAGGACUGCGGCGAUGGCUCUGAUGAGGCCGGCUGCCCCGACCUGGCGUGCGGCCGGCGACUGGGCAGCUUCUACGGCUCCUUCGCCUCCCCGGACCUGUUCGGCGCCGCCCGGGGCCCCUCGGACCUGCACUGCACUUGGCUGGUGGACACACAGGACCCGAGGCGCGUGCUGCUGCAGCUGGAGCUGCGUCUGGGCUACGACGACUAUGUGCAGGUGUACGAGGGCCUGGGCGAACGCGGAGACCGACUGCUGCAGACGCUGUCCUACCGCAGCAACCACCGGCCCGUGAGCCUGGAGGCCGCCCAGGGCCGCCUCACCGUGGCCUACCAUGCCCGGGCCCGCAGCGCCGGCCACGGCUUCAAUGCUACCUACCAGGUGAAGGGCUACUGCCUGCCCUGGGAGCAGCCGUGUGGGAGCGGUGGUGACGUGGAGGCGGGUGACCCCGGGGAGCAGGGCUGCUUCUCGGAGCCGCAGCGCUGCGACGGCUGGUGGCACUGCGCCAGCGGGCGGGAUGAGCAGGGCUGCCCGGCCUGCCCGCCCGACCAGUACCCCUGCGAAGGGGGCAGUGGCCUGUGCUACGCGCCCGCUGACCGCUGCAACAACCAGAAGAGCUGCCCGGAUGGCGCCGACGAGAAGAACUGCUUCUCCUGCCAGCCCGGCACCUUCCACUGCGGCACCAACCUGUGCAUCUUUGAGACGUGGCGCUGCGAUGGUCAGGAGGACUGCCAGGACGGCAGCGAUGAGCACGGCUGCCUGGCCGCCGUGCCCCGCAAGGUCAUCACCGCCGCCCUCAUCGGCAGCCUGGUGUGCGGCCUGCUGCUGGUCAUUGCCCUGGGCUGCGCCUUCAAGCUCUACUCGCUGCGCACCCAGGAGUACAGGUGCGAGGGUGCCCUGCGCGCUCCCCAGCCUGAGGGUCUGGCCUUCGAGACGCAGAUGACACGUCUGGAGGCCGAGUUUGUGAGGCGGGAGGCGCCCCCAUCCUACGGCCAGCUCAUCGCCCAGGGCCUCAUCCCACCUGUGGAGGACUUCCCCGUCUAUAGUGCAUCCCAGGCCUCAGUGCUGCAGAACCUGCGUACAGCCAUGCGGCGGCAGAUGCGCCGUCAUGCCUCCCGCAGAGGGCCCUCCCGCCGCCGCCUGGGCCGCCUCUGGAACCGUCUCUUCCACCGGCCCCGGGCACCGCGUGGCCAGAUCCCGCUGCUCACGGCAGCGCACACCUCACAGACAGUGCUGGGCGAUGGGCUGCUGCAGCCAGUGCCAGGGGGCGCCCCGGACACCCCAGCCCCCCAGACGGACACAAACAGCUCUGGAACAGCCCCCGGUCACGUUCCGGAGGUGGGACCUUCAGGGCUGCCCGCUUCUGGCCAGCGGGACCCCCAGGGUCAGCAGGGGAACAAGGACAGGAAGGUCUGCAGGGCCCCACGGGGGGCCAGCCCAGCCCCUGUGGACACAGCCUGCACAGCCCAGGACCCUCACUCCCCAACCCCUGCUGCCAGCGGCACCCCAGGCCCCCAACCACCGGAGCCAGUGGCUGUCUGCAGGAGCCCCCCGCCACCCAGCUCCCCCACAUUGGAGGCCAGUGACGACGACGAGGCCCUGCUGGUGUGCUGACCCACCGGACGCGCUGGUGACCGCCGCAGCCCCGCUUUGUAACCAGGGAAUACACAGUCGUUUCUA